UUAGUAGUGACGGCAUGUUCGAAUUCAAUGUCUACCACCCCGCGGUCCCCCCCACCCACCACCUUGGAUCCUUGACCAAACCCUCCACCAUUACAUUCAAGAUCACACAGAGGAAGAGAGAGAGAGAGAGGAAAUGGAAGGUGAAAUGAAGAACUUCAUCAAGGUAUGGAUAGUAGUGAUAGUAUCUCUGUGUUAUUGUUAUUAUGCAGUUGCGCGAAUCAGAGGGUGCAUGUUGAGGCUCCUCUAUCUCCUUCCCAUCUUUUACCUCUUCACCAUCCUCCCCUUGACUCUCCACACUUUCCAUUUUGGUGUCACCACAACCUUCUUCCUUGUUUGGCUUGGCAACUUCAAGCUCCUCCUUUUCGCCUUUAAUCAAGGCCCUCUAUCCCCACCCCCUCAAAACCUUUUUCAUUUCAUCUCCAUCGCUUGCCUUCCAAUCAAAAUCAAACAAGACCCAACUCUGAAUAAAGAUCAUAAGCCUCUAAAUACCAGAAACGGCAAAAACCCAUCCUACCAAAAAGCCAAAAACUCCAAACAAUCAUCUCCAAAUUUAGAAACACCUUCGAACCCCUUGACCACAAAAGUGCCUAGAUCCAUUUUGUUUCUCAUCAAAGCCUUGCUUCUUGCUAUGAUAGUACGAGCCUAUGACCAUAGACCAAAUCUGCACCCAGCCGUCAUCUUAGCUCUGUACUGUGGCCACCUCUACCUAGGCGCAGAAAUUAUCCUAGCCCUAGCUGCUGCUCCUGCUCGAGCCAUCUUUGGCUUUGAGCUGGAGCCACAGUUCAAUGAACCCUACCUUGCCACCUCACUGCAGGACUUUUGGGGUCGUAGAUGGAACCUUAUGGUCACAAGCAUUCUGCGCCCCACAGUUUAUAACCCGACACGUCGUGUCUUUGCGCGUGUCGUUGGGCCACGCUGGGCCUCAUUGCCGGCGGUGUUCGCGACCUUCUUGGCCUCGGGCCUCAUACACGAAGUAAUAUAUUAUUAUGCAACUCGUGCAAAUCCCACGUGGGAGGUGACGUGGUUCUUUGUCCUACAUGGCCUGUGCGUGGUGAUCGAGAUAGUGGUGAAGAAGGCGGUGAUGGACAGGUGGCAGUUGCAUAGGGCAAUCUCGGGACUGUUGACUAUAGGAUUUGUAGUGGUGACGGGCGCAUGGUUGUUCUUCCCGCAAAUAUUGAGAAGUCAUCUCGAUGACAAAAUUAUACAUGAAUCUUCAAUUUUGAUUGCUUUUAUAAGUUGGCCCUUGUGUAAGUUGUAACUUUGUUAUUCAACAAUUUGAU